GAAACAUGAAAAUAUACUGGAAUUUAUCAUUUCCUCCAGGUCCAACCAAUUUUGAGAAUAGCCUCAAAAGAAAAGAAAAGAAAAGAAAAAGAAAAAAGGUGCACUAAACUACCCUGCAACUUCACAUUUAUCACCCCCAAUCCCCGGGGACACAGAGCUCGGCAGGAACCUGUCACUGUCCAACAUUAAUAGAGAUUCGUGCAAAAGAACUCAUCAGCGGCUAGGAUCAUACUUUUGCAAACUCUCAUGCACACAUUUUCACACUCUUUUUCAGGUUCCCAUCGCACAUUCACAUUAGUAUUCUCAAUCAGUCAGUCGUCGUCGCUCCCUUCAAUUUAUUCUUCUCAUUUCAAAAGUUUCCCCAGACUUACUGCUCCACGUUCAAGAGUAUUGCACUAUGGAAGAGAGGCCAGAGACUGAGCUGAUAUCAAUACCAGCGACCCCACGUACGUCCACACCAGGGAUACUGACGCCGGCAGGGCUGAGGUCGCCACGGGUUGUCCCAAAAGAGGCGACCGGCGGCUCCACCAAGUCAUGGACGCCGAGCUCAUUCUUGAGCCCAAUUGGGACUCCGGUGAAGAGGGUGCUGAUAAAUAUGAAGGGUUACUUGGAGGAAGUGGGGCAUUUGACUAAGCUUAAUCCACAGGAUGCUUGGCUUCCCAUUACUGAGUCUCGGAAUGGGAAUGCGCAAUAUGCUGCUUUUCAUAAUCUCAAUGCGGGUGUGGGUUUCCAGGCCUUGGUCUUGCCUGUUGCUUUCGCCUUUCUUGGGUGGUAUGCAUUUUUAAACUCAAAGAAAAUAAAUUUAGUUCUCGAAAUUCAGGCAACUAUUCCAUCAACCUUCAAGAGACCGGCUCAUGUGCCAAUGUGGAGGGGAGCCAAGGUUGCCUAUUUCUUCAUUGCCAUUUGCAUAUUCCCGGUUGCCAUUGGAGGUUAUUGGGCCUACGGAAAUCUCAUGCCUUCUGGAGGAAUGCUUAAUGCAUUAUUUGCAUUUCACAGUCGCGAUAUUCCAAGAGGACUUCUUGCUAUGACAUUUCUUCUUGUCGUUUUUAACUGCUUGAGCAGUUUCCAGAUAUAUUCAAUGCCUGUGUUCGACAGUUUUGAAGCCGGCUACACCAGCAGGACGAACCGGCCUUGCUCAAUUUUUGUGCGUUCUGGCUUCAGAGUAUUUUAUGGGUUCAUCUCCUUGUUGAUAGGUGUUGCACUUCCAUUCCUCUCGAGCCUUGCUGGUUUAUUAGGAGGACUCACUCUUCCAGUUACCUUCGCUUACCCAUGCUUCAUGUGGGUUCUCAUUAAAAAGCCAACAAAAUACACCUUCAAUUGGUAUUUCAACUGGAUCCUUGGUUGGUUGGGUAUUGCUUUUAGCUUGGCCUUCUCCAUUGGGGGUAUUUGGAGUAUUGUGAACACUGGGCUUAAGCUGAAAUUCUUUAAGCCUAACUAAGAAUGAAGUGAAGCACACCAUUUCAGAUGUACUUUUUCUACUAUGGAAUCUUAAUUUAGCAGAUAUUAUCUUAUGAGUUUGAUCAUAGCUAUAUUGCUAGCGUGCAUUUCUGAAUUGAUACAUAAAAUCUGAAACUUGUUUAUAAAUUUGUAAUCCAUAGUCCCAUAUCAUUUUCCAUUUACUUUA